CUCACUACUGAAGUAGAGAAAUGAGGGGUUUUUUUGAGGAGAUAGUUACAUUAGCCAUAACUACUGGAUUUCUUCAAUACUCUAUUUAUUUUCCUUUUCCCCCAUUGUAGCAUAGCUGGCAUCAUACAAGAAUCUACUUACAUUGACUAACGAUACUGGAAGAGUGAAGAUUAGAGAAUUUUAAGUUUGAAAUUUGCAUCACUUCCUUGAACAAUAUAACCUUAACUGGCAUAAACUACUCUUACAGACAAAGGCAUUAUCUAUCACAAUAAGCACAUUUUUUACUUUUAUCACAACUGAACACUGUGAUUAAAAAAGCUCCUGUGACAAAAUUCAAGAAGAUCUGGUAUAAAUGAAUAACAAUUCAACAUGCAUUCGACCAUCCAUGAUCACUUCCAGAGCUUUACCAAUCACUUAUACCAUUCUUUGUAUUGUUGGUCUCUUUGGAAACUCACUCUCUCAGUGGGUAUUUUUGACAAAAAUAGGUAAGAAAACAUCAACACACAUCUACCUGGCACAUCUUGUGACUGCAAACUUACUUGUGUGCAGUGCCAUGCCCUUCAUGGGUAUCUAUUUCCUGAAAGGUUUCCAAUGGGAAUAUAAAUCUGCAGAAUGCAAAGUGUUCAAUUUUCUGGGAACUUUAUCCAUGCAUGUAAGUAUGUUUGUCAGCCUCUUAAUUUUAAGUUGGAUUGCUGUAAGCCGCUAUGCUACUUUAAUAAAAAAGGAUUCCACCCAAGAGACCACUUCAUGUUAUGAGAAAAUAUUUUAUGGCCACUUACUAAAAAAAUUUCGCCAGCCCAACUUUGCUAGAAAAUUGUGCAUUUUCAUAUGGGUAAUUGUAAUGGGCAUAAUUAUUCCCAUUAUCAUAUACUACUCAGCUGUAGAGGCUACAAUAGGAAAAGAGAGCUGGUGCUACAAUCGGCGGACGGAAGUGGGAGCCGUGAUAUCUCAGAUUGCAGGUCUCAUUGGAACCACAUUCAUUGGACUUUCAUUUUUAGUAGUACUAACGUCUUACUACUCUUUUGUCAGCCAUCUGAGAAAAAUAAGGGCCUGUACAUCUAUUAUGGAGAAAGACUUGACUUACAAUUCUGUGAGAAGACAUCUUUUGGUCAUCCAGAUUCUACUAAUAGUUUGCUUUCUUCCGUACAGUAUUUUUAAACCUAUUUUUUAUGUUCUGCGUCAAAGUGAGGACUGUCUGCUAUUGAAUUAUUUAAUAGAAACAAAAAAUAUCCUCACCUGUCUUGCUUCAGCCAGAAGUAGCACAGACCCCAUCAUAUUUCUUCUCUUAGAUAAAACAUUCAAGAAGACACUAUAUAAUCUUUUUACAAAAUCAAAUUCACCACAUAUACAACCAUUUAAAUGAAAUCGUUGACUUCUUGAUGGAAAACCACCAUAGAAAAGAAAAAUGUUCAUGUGACUCGAUUACAGACAUUAAAGUAAAUAAUUUACAUGUCAUAUCUUGGUUGACAACAGGUACCAAGAAAACUACUUUGGUUUAAAAAUAUACAUAUAUUCACAGAACUCAACUUAUAGUUCUUUCUACUAAAAGUAGAGAUGGCAGCAAUUUUCAGAGGCAGAGGUCAAGCGCACUGGAAGGAUUCCACUGCACAUGAAAUAAACCAUUUUCUUUUUAAACUCUUUUGUGGAACUUCUGUUCAGAACAUAGUAUUUUACUCUGUAGGAUGAAGAGACAAAUGCUUAUGGUUUACCUGCUUUCUAGUAGAAUACAAAGGUCCAUCUAUAGCUAGUAUGUUUUGUUAGUCACUGAUAAACUUUAAAAAUUAGCACAAGAAAAAAAUGGAUAAGAAACAUCCUCAUUUAAGUCUUAUCUAAAUGUAUGAAUAAUACAGUAUAAAAAUCCAAGGCUGAAUCACAUAUUAUUUAUUUGGUAUUACCCGGUUCAUGUUACUGGGAGAGGCAAUAUUCAUUGAUUCUGAUAUUUAUUAAGCAAAUGUUACUUGUAAGUAUGCUUAAAAAUUUAAUUAGGCUUUGACAAAAUAAAAAGCUGAAACAGUAUCUUUAUAUGUUCAUCCUUAUCACAUUUUAUUUGUUUUUGUAUCCAAUAUAAAUAAUGCUAUUAAUGACAAUACCUGGUAUGUAGAAAUGUUCUACUGAUUUUUGUGAAAUAAGUAAACGAUAAAGCAUUGUAAUAACAUCAUUGUAUCACCUAAUAAAACACUUAUGGGCCAGGAACUCUGCUUAUAUGCUUUACAUGUCUUGUUUAAAUCAUCACAGCCACCAUUUAUUUACUGAUGAAAAACCGAAGUGCAUAGUUAAGUAAGUCAUCCCAAUUUUCUCCAAUAGCUAAGUAAAUAUUUAAGAGGCAAGCAUUUCUUAGUGGCCAUUUCUUUCUUCCAUGUAAUCUUGUUUGUAAGACAAAUGAUGGUGACUACAUUGUGCACUGCAUACAUUAUAAUCAAAAAAAUUAAAAAAUGUUGUGUUGUUUUCCCAUGAUCAGAAGGACAUUUGGAGCUACAGCAUAUUUUCUAUUUCUACCUAUAUGGUACUUGUAUUUUCUUAGAUAAGAACAAAACAUAAACAGAUGAAUAAAAACAAUCAUUUGUGACUGUAAUUUGCCACUUCAUUAGAAACUGCU